AAAAGAAGCAGAUGGAAUGCAGAUGGAAACAAAGCGGCACUCUGACAGAGUCCGGGCGAUCAGCGGGGUUCAGAGGGGAUCCUGAGCGCUGGUAUCAGAGCAGAGCUCCUCUUCUCCUGCCCGCCUGCCUGCGUGGUAAUGUGGGCGGGCCGUCGGAGCGCCGACGCUGAGAAAGAGGAUCCACAGACUGGAGAGCCAGAAGCUCCAGCUGCGCUCCGAAGCUGCGGGACGUCUCUUCAUGUUUGCUGCUCGUUUGGGUCGAUCUUUCUCUCGCGAGGUGCGGAUUAGCCCCGCUCCUGGUUCGCCAUGAGGGUCGGGAGAUGUCUGGGUCUGGUCAGGCCCGUUGGUCCGGUGGUGGUGGGGAUCUCUCUGGGGUUCACUCUGAGCCUGCUGAGCGUGAGCUGGGUAGAAGAACCGUGUGACCUCGACCCAGUGGUCACCCUGCUCCACGAUGGCGGUGUGGCUGCUAGAAAACCCAGCUCAAUUUCCACUGGACACGAAGAAGAAAACGAGGACUUUCAGCCGCGGAUCUUAACGUACGAGCCCGUCCAGCAGGCUCAGCCCAGGAAGAUCUUCAGGGCUAAAUACAUUAGCACAGAGUUGGGGAUCCGCGAGCGUCUGUUUGUUGGGAUUCUGACGUCGAAGGGGACCCUCAGCUCCCUGGCUGUGGCCGUGAACCGCACCAUCAGCCACCAUCUGGACAACGUGGUGUUCUUUACCGGCGCCCGAGAUCGCAAGGUCCCACACGGGAUGUUUGUGGUUGCCCACGGCGACGAGCGGCACAUCUGGAACAUGUACCAGACCAUCAGAUACAUCCUGAAUCACUUCAUAUCCGAGUACGACUAUUUCUACCUGGCCCAGGACGACACGUACACGCAGGCCGACCGAAUCAAAGCACUGGUGGGACAUCUCAGCAUGGACCGGCUACUCUACAUGGGCAGUCCAGAGGAGUUUGUUGGAGGUCAGACUCAGGGGCGGUACUGUUACGGAGGGUUUGGGUACCUGCUGUCCCGCGGCCUCCUGCUCACUCUGCAGCCCUUUCUGGAGAACUGCAGGAAUGACAUCCUCAGUGCCAGGCCGGACGAGUGGCUCGGACGCUGCAUCGUCGAGUACACCAACACGCAGUGUGUGGAACAGUUCGAGGAUCUGCAGUAUUACCACUUUGAGAUGGGGAAGAACUCUGACCCCAGUAAGGAGGACAGCGUCCAGUUCAGAAAUGCUGUCACAGUUCACCCGGUGUCUGAUCCAGAGCAGAUGUACAGACUGCACAAACACUUCACCCAGAUAGAGCUGCAGAAAACAUAUGAGGAAAUCAAGAAGCUGCAGGCAGAAAUAAAGAAUGUGAGUGUUCUGGCUUUCGAUGGCAAUCGCAGUGCCACGUGGCCGAUUGGGAUCAAUCCACCAUUUGAGCCAAAGACUCGUUUUGAGGUGCUGCAGUGGGACUAUUUCUCCGAGGACCACAUUUAUUCCUGCAUGGACGGAUCGGCCAAGUGCGAAUUGCGGGGGAUCGACAAGCUGGAUGUGGCCGACGUUAUUGAGGUGGCCAUGGUGGAGCUGAACAGGAAAUACAAGCCUGUGCUUCAUCUCAAGAAGCAGCAGCUUCUGAAUGGGUACAGAAGGUUUGACCCAACCAGAGGGAUGGAGUACAUUCUGGACCUGCAGCUGGAAGCCGUUAACCAGAAAGGACGAAGCGGGUUCAUUACCAAACGUGUGCAUCUGCUCAGGCCCCUCAGCCGCAUUGAAAUCAUCCCAAUGCCCUACGUAACCGAGGCCACCAGAGUCCACAUUAUCUUGCCCGUUACGUUCCAAGAUCGAGAGCAAGUCCGACAGUUCUUGGAGAUUUACGCCUCUAACGCCUUCACGACCGGCGAGAACGCUGUCUUGACCUUCCUCUUCAUUUACGAACCGUACGAAGCUCAGCAGGCCAACAGGGAUGACAUUUUUGCUGGUGUCAAGGCUCAGAUUAGUAGCUACGAACGCAAGUACCCCAUGGUCAAGAUCCCCUGGAUCAGUGUCAAAACAGAAAGCCCAUCCCAGAUCAAGUUCAUGGACAUCAUUUCCAAAAAGCACCAGGUGGACACUCUGUUCUUCAUCGCCACAGUAAAAACCAACAUCAAAUCCGAAUUCCUGAACCGCUGCCGGAUGAACUCCAUCACCAACUGGCAGGUGUUCUUUCCCAUCCACUUCCAAGACUAUAACCCGGACAUUGCUUAUCACGGUGAACCACUGCCUAAAACCAUAGAUUUGGUCAAAGAGGCAGGUCUUUUUGACCUCAGCUCCUUCGAUGAGGCGUGUUUUUACAACUCCGACUACAUGGCGGCUCGGACACGCAUGGCCACAGACGUGCAGGAGAACGAGGAGCUCCUGGAGAGCCUGGAUCUAUAUGAUAUGUUCGUGAGGUACUCCAGCCUUCACGUUUUCCGAGCGGUGGAACCGUCCCUUCACCGCCGCUACAGCUACCAGCAGUGCAACCCACGACUUAGCGAAGAAGGCUACCACAGGUGCAUACAAGGCAUGCUGCAGGGCCUGGGGCCUCGCUCCAAACUCGCCAUGCUUCUCUUCGAUCUAGAACAGGGGAACAGCACAUAGGGCUGCCAGAUGUGGACAGAAUGUACACCCUAUUGCAAUUCUACUGUUCCAUAUGACAAUUGCGAUGCGUCUCGCAAUAAUUUAAAAGCACACUGGUUACACGAUUGAAGAUCGACCUGACCAGGCUUAAUUAUGAAGUCAUGAAUCAUUUGGAUGCCUUGAUUAAUCUAAAAAGAAACUCAUAGAAAUGGGAUCAUCUGACCAUGGUAAAAAGCACUGUGGUCACAAUUGCACAGGGCUAUAUUGGGAUAACAAUAAACAAACAAUAUUAUGCAGCCCUAAAAGUACAUCAACCUGCACUUCCCGUUCACAAGUGUAAGAUUUCACCUUGAAAUAUGAUUUGUAAGCUCAGCCCUUCACUGAGAAAUUAAUUGACUGCCCAAAGUGUUGGAAUUCCUGCCUGCUAUGUGAAUGUUGAUUAUGCUCUCACCGGCUAAAUUACACAAAUAAGUGGCAAACAAUUAGAGCUAAUCUUUGGUUUGGGCCAUAAAUGUCAAAACUUGGUUUAAAAAACCUAUAUGAUAAUGCUCGUUUCUGCUAGCAUCCCUAUGGGAUUUCUAGUGGUAUGUUAGCACUAUGUUAACUGUAAGAUUUCCGUGGUUCUAGAUUAUACAAGAAAAGUUGAAGCUUGUAAAAGACAGUCUGUAUGUUUUAUUUAAAAUGUGCAACAGACAUUAAUUUGCCAUUAUACAUUGUAUGACCUGGUUGGACUAGAGCUCGUAUUCAGGCCAGUGACGUCUCUAGAACUUCCAGAAAGACUAGAAUGACCUUCUUUCUUAGGAAAUUGGUUCUACCCAUUGGAAAUAAAAAAAGAUUGGUUGAUUCUUAUGUCAGUUCUAAAUGAUAUUAGUGGUGAGUCUAAUGUGUAAGGCCUUCAGGUUAGCUCCUAGAGUCUUAACCAAUGGGAGAGCUCACUUGGCUGACUGUGAUACCACAGAGAAAAACAUCCUGAUUGGACAGUUUUCCAUUGGAUGGUUCAAGAUUUGAACCCUUCUGUUUCCACUACUUGAAGAGUUUACAUACAGUAAGCAUCAUGUCUGUAUUAUGAGGAAGGCCCUAAGGAAAUAUGACAAAUAUGAAGCUUUUAAAGCAUUUUAUGUGAUUUUAUUUAGUCAUAUAGUGAGACGAUAAAUGAUUCUAGCAUUCAGAUGAAAGAUCAGACAGUGCUAGAAACUUUUGGAGUGGUGAUUCAUCAGUAAACUGUGCAAUAGACUGCAUGUGUUUUUUCCACUGCCAGGUUUGAGAACGUGUCCACUGUGUAGCCUCAUCUCUGUCCACUGCACAUUAUGUACACUUAGCAGCAUCAAUCAUAAUCAUGCGCUACUGUGAAAAUCUUACCGUGAGCUCAUCUCUCAGAGUGCCACAAGGGCACCUGGGUAAAAGACUGAACCUCAAACUAUGUGACCCGAGCAUGAGGCUCAUGAACGUAAGGACAUAUUGUGUUUCUAAUUUUGUUGCAGGCUUCCACCUCAUCGUCCAGCUCAGUGGUCCAGAUUAUUUUGGCUAAUUUAAAGUACUGAGAGUGCAUCGGGCCAUUAAUCCUGGAAGUGUUUCUGCCGUUAUUAUUGUUGUUUUUCUGUACUAUUUAAUUGUCUUUUAAUGAAGUGCAUACAGCGUGUCUCUCGUAAUGAAUUACAUCCACAAUCUUUUUAGGUUUGAGACUUAUUUCUGUGUUUUUUGAAGAAAACAGACAAAAACAUGGCAAAAAUGUAGUGUUAUGCAGACGUCCAGAGGCCACCCUUCAUUUAUUUAAUUUCCAGCAGAAGCAGAAAAUUCAACCAGCUUCUAUGACUGAACUUUGGAGGUGUGUCUGCAGAUUCUUUGAGGAACUGAGAGUGA